CAAAGAGCUUAAAAUAGCAUGCCAAAUCAAAGAUGGAUCACAACGAUCAUCUUUAUUCUGUGUUUCCUCAUUGGAACUUUGAAGACUGCUAUUGGAAAUCCCCUAAGAGACCGGAUAAAAAGAGAAGAGGAAAUGUCUAUGAGCAAUUGGACGCAGUUUGCUGACGAAUGGAUUGCUGCAAAAUCAAGGGCCGCAGAAAGGUUGCACGUUACCAUCUUACCAUAUACCGAUAAAUUCAGAGAUCUGCCACCGACUGCAGAAACAAUUCUCAUUAAUGGUACCAGUCCUGACGAAUUGGCACGGUACAAUUAUUCUCGAAUGUUGUGGGAGAUGGAAAGUAUACAACCCAGCGGCCAUUUUUCCGGAUUUGUGGACAAAGCUUUGAAAUUAUUAGAUCUAAAGCAGGUAAUGAUGGAGGUGGAAACGUCGGUAAUGUCGAAAGUGUCCUGUACAGCAUGCAAAGUUGGCGCAGGUCUUCUUCAAUAUUACAUAAAGAGCGGAAAGAAUGACGAAGAAAUAAUGAACAGUAUUUAUCAAUUUUGUGCAUCUCUUAACAUUCAAAGUCCCCGAGUUUGUCAAGGAGUUACGUUGCUUUUCGGGAAAGAAGUAAUUUACGUGCUGAAGCAGGUGAACAUGGGACCAGCGCAAAUCUGUAGUUUUGUCAUCGGCGACGCAUGCGAUGAUACGUACAAUCCCCUUCACGAAUGGGAAGUGGCGUUCCCACCUGUGAAUAAACCACCUGUGAAACCUCCUGCACCGCCUCAAGAAGGUGCGCCGACCUUCAAAGUCCUACAUAUCUCAGAUACCCACUACGAUCCUUACUAUCAAGAGGGCGCAAACGCGGAUUGUAACGAGCCGUUAUGCUGCAGAUUGACCAAUGGAGCACCCCAGAGUUCAGCCUCAGCUGCUGGCCGAUGGGGUGAUUAUAGAAAAUGCGACACGCCAAAGAGAACCGUUGAACAUAUGCUCAAACACAUCGUAGAUACUCACUCUGAUAUUGAUUAUAUAUUGUGGACCGGUGACUUACCACCUCACGAUGUAUGGAACCAAACACGCGAUGAAAAUCUGAAAGUUUUGCACGAAACCGUGACACAGCUCAUUGAAAUGUUUCCUGGAAUACCGAUCUUUCCAGCUCUGGGAAACCAUGAAAGUGCUCCUGUUAAUAGCUUUCCACCACCAUUCGUUCCAAAGGAAAAUGACAUAUCAUGGUUGUACGAUGCGCUUGACAAGCAUUGGAGACGUUGGUUACCAGCAGGUGUUUCGCACACCGUUCGCCGUGGUGCAUUUUAUUCCGUCCUAGUUCGUCCAGGUUUCAGAAUUCUUUCUGUAAACAUGAAUUACUGCAAUAAUAAGAACUGGUGGUUGCUGCUUAAUAGCACAGAUCCAGUUAGUGAACUGCAAUGGCUCGUUUAUGAGCUGCAAGGUGCCGAAAUGAACGGCGAAAAAGUUCACAUUAUCGGUCACAUACCGCCUGGACAUUCAGACUGUUUGAAAGUGUGGUCUAGGAAUUAUUAUCAGAUCAUCAAUCGGUAUGAAUCAACCAUCACGGCACAGUUCUUCGGACAUACUCAUUAUGACGAAUUCCAAUUGUUUUACGAUACUACGGAUCUUGAAAGAGCCCUUAGCAUAGCUUACAUUUGCCCGUCGGUAACACCGUACUACAAUCUUAAUCCGGGGUACAGAAUCUACUAUGUCGAUGGUGAUCAUGCAAAAACAACUAGGAUGGUUGUGGAUCAUGAGAGUUGGGUUAUGAAUCUGAAAGAAGCAAAUCUCUAUGACUAUCCUAUCUGGUACAAAUUGUACAGUGUACGACAAGCGUAUCAAAUGUCAUCACUUUUACCUCUAGACUGGGAUUCUUUAAUAGAUAAGAUGAGCAACGAACCGUCUUUCUUCGAUCUUUAUUACAAGCACUAUUACAAGAAUUCCCCUGUAAGGCCACAUUGCAACGACGACUGUCGAAAGAGAUUACUCUGCGAUUUACGAAGCGGAAGGAGUCAUGAUCAUAAAGCGUUAUGUCACAGUCUGGGGUCCAGGAUAGAUAACGAAACAAGAACGGGUUGGCGUGCUUGGAUUUACAGCGGACUCGCUUUAUCAAUGUCCGUUUUCAUGGCAAUCCCCCGAUUCGCGUACAAUUUGCCCAAGUAUGUAUUAGGUCUGGGAUAA